GAUUCAAUACCGGAUAUAUAUCAUCCGUGGUUUGCUAGAACUGGACCUUUCGUAACAGCAAUCAACACACAUCACCCCCUCAAAGCCACCUUUCGCCGGAUCCGGACAGCCACGAAUACAAGCAGAGCAGCAAAAGGCGGAAGUGAACUUGAACAUUGUUCCACUGCAGAUCGGACGAACGAAGAGAAGCAUUUCGUCACGCCUCAGACCCACGACACAAACGCUACAAUGGCCCAAAACGUAGGCUCAUACACAAACCCGCUCAAGAAGUUCAAGCUGGUCUUCUUGGGCGAGCAAUCAGUCGGCAAGACAUCCUUAAUAACGCGCUUCAUGUACGACUCCUUCGACAGCACCUACCAAGCGACCAUCGGCAUCGACUUCCUCAGCAAAACAAUGUACCUCGAAGACCGAACGGUCCGCCUGCAACUCUGGGACACCGCCGGUCAGGAACGGUUCCGCUCCCUCAUCCCCUCCUAUAUUCGGGACUCUAGCGUCGCCGUGGUAGUCUACGACGUCACAUCGCAAAAGUCGUUCGCUCAGACACGCAAGUGGGUGGAUGAUGUUCGCGGCGAGCGAGGGAAUGAUGUGAUCAUUGUGCUGGUGGGGAACAAGACGGAUUUGAACGAGAAGAGGGAGGUCACGGCGCAGCAGGGCGAGGAGGAGGCGAAGAGGCUGGGGUGCAUGUUUGUGGAGACGAGUGCGAAGGUUGGGCACAAUGUUAAGGGGUUGUUUAAGAAGAUUGCACAAGCGCUGCCAGGGAUGGAGGGCGAGGGUCAGCAGGCGGCGGCGAAUACGAUUGAUGUCAACGUGAACCAGACAAAACCGGAGAGCGAAGGAGGAUGCAACUGCUAA